AUGGAGCAAAUCUGUCGUGUCUGCCUGGGAGUUACGGAUAACUUGGUGAACAUAUUUGAUGCCCGGCGAAAGACCAGGGUUUCCAUUGCCGAGAUGAUUGCACAAUGUACUGGCUACGAAGUUAGACGUGGCGAUUCGCUUCCGGAAACUAUAUGUCCACCGUGUUUGGAGGAUGCCAAGAAUGCCUUUUCCAUAAGACAAACCUGUGAGAGGAGUCACCAGUUCUACUGCCAAGUAAGGGAUGAAGGAAUCGAGGAGGCACUGUGCACCUUGCUCGAAGAAGAGGAGUGGGAGCUAUCAGAAGAUGAAGGCAAGUGGAAGGAAUAUGGUUCCGAAGAUGAUGAUCUAAAUGAUGAGGAGAAAAUCGACAGGACGGAGCUCUCAUUUAAAUGCCGGGAAUGCUCAAAGAGAUUCAAACGCAAGGGCACCUGGAUAAGGCACAUGCGAACCCACGAGGAUGGACUAUCCUUUCCCUGUCCCUACUGCACGCAGAACUUUAGAUAUCGGGUCACUCGCAAGGCGCACAUGAGAACACACAAUUCGGCCAAGCCCUACGAGUGUUCCCACUGCUCCAAGUCCUUUGCCCAGCAGGCCACUCUGCAGUCGCACGAAAGGACUCAUACUGGCGAACGUCCGUACAAGUGUUCCCAGUGCUCCAAGACCUUUAUUAAAUCCUCAGAUCUUCAGCGGCACAUCCGCACGCACGAUGGACAAAGGCCGUACAAGUGCUCCAAUUGCUCGAAAACCUUUACCAGGAAAUUUCACCUGGAAAACCAUCUGCGUUCUCACACUGGCGAACGACCCCACCAGUGUUCCCAGUGCGAAAAGUCCUUUGCCCUGAAGCAGCAUCUCAAUGAACACCUGCGCACCCACUCAGGAGAUCGUCCGUUUCAGUGCUCCCAGUGCUCCAAGUCCUUUGGUCUCAGAAGCACCCUCAGGGAACACUUGUUCGUUCACAGUUCGGAGAAAACAUUUAAGUGUUCCCACUGUUCCAGUGCCUUUAAGCAGAGAAGAACACUUGGAAGACAUAUCCUCCAAGCUCACGGAUAAGCAUUGCUUUAAGAUAGACCAAAGUA